GGAGGACGGGCUGGCUGUUGACAGUAGAUCCGUGAGCCCGGCAGCGUUCACAGUGACGUCAGGGACCGGAUCUGGAUCUUGAGAACUCGAGGUGUUUUGAGAAUGGAGCUGGCCAUGGGAAGUGAGGUGUCGGUUGGGGUGUAUCGUUGGUACCAACAAGUGAAGAAAAAGGACCUUGGUGAAACAAGGAGAGAUUGGCUUCAGUACCUUCGAGACCAAGCUCGGCUCAGACGUCACAAUGACAACACAGUAAGAUGCAUGCAGGAUGAUGCUGCAGAGAGAAAUGGAAAAAUAGAAGAGAAAGAAGAAAAGAGGAGAAAGGAUGGCGAUGAAAGUACAUUAAAUGUCGGAGUAGUGACACAUUCGGGGCGUGACAGUCCCACGUUGCAAAGGGUGCUCAGUAUCCCACAAAAUAGCCACAAGAGGAGGAAUGUCCAAGAGAAUAACCAAAACGAGCUGGAAGCAGAGAAUAUGACUACUAAGAGCAAGAAGGCAAGAUAUUCGUCCCCAACGACUCCAAAACAAGAGAUGCGGUCUCCAUUUUCAAUGUUCCAAGAGCCGGGUUUCAUAACUCCAACACUCGUGUUAAGAAAAGGUGACAUAGGAACCCCCGACCUCUCGUUAUUCAGCCCAACGGUGCCCAUUUCGGAUAUUUUCUCACCGAGGACAAGCACGGGCAACUGCACCGGAGAUAUUGUAACAAGUUUAGGUGGUAAUCUGGACGACUCUCUGGUGACGUGGACGAGUGCACUCGCCACGCCUACCUCCCACCCUCAAGCUGGUGAGCAAGAUGGUCGCACUUCUCCAUCAACACUCGAGCGCCUCACUUUACAUCCUAAACAAGGACUUAGACAAAAUGUAAUGGCUCGUUCACUCUUCAGUCCGCACACACGAUCAGUCGAGAGUCCUUCCAGAAGGGAGAAAUGUAGUCCUGGUCUUGGUGUUAUCAAAGGUCUCUCUCCUCUGCCAGUGUUCAUUAACAAACUGACCACAGAGGUUGUGGAGAAGACAAACAUAGAUAAUGAAAGUAAAGAAAAGUUUUUGAUUAAUGAUACACAAACUUUCAGAAUAUCCCUUGGUAAAAGGUGCAUGGAAUCCAUGGAAGAGGACAGUCAUGAAAAAGUUCAGCUUUCCAAAGGAAGGAGGAGGAGAAGCAUAGUAACAACUGAUACAGAAAAUGGGUUUCCCUUGGAGAGCACACCAGAUACGAGAGACACCUGGACUAUAAAGGGUCCGGAGAGAACCAGUACACCGGUGAGAGUAACACCACAGUCGAGGACCUCUUUAUUCCCUCGACAUUUGGUACUCGCCGAUGAUGUCCCAGAACCUCAAGAAUGCUCGGAGAUGAUUCAGGUAACCCAAAUAGAUCACAAGGCUGAUAAUGCAAAGGAAACUGAAAAGAUGCAGACUCCCGAGACAAAUAUAAUUGUGAGAGAGCAUCUUAACACUAACCAUAUUCGUGUUUCUUUACAGUCAGAUGUUACAGAAAAUUCAGAUGAAUUAAGUGUGAAUCCUCUUGAUCUCAUUUGCUCACCUGUUAAGGUGGUAAGUAAGAAAUGUGUUGAGGGUAUGAACAGUGAGGCAAAGCUCAAGAACACUUGCCAAGAUGUGACGGCUGGUAGUGAUGUCAAGAUAAUGAGCAGUGGUACAAAUAUGAGGAAGCCAGAUGCUGAGGAACAGCCAGUCAUUAUUGGAAAUAUACCACAAAAUAUUGACACAUGCACGGGACCAGACUUAAAUAUCACAUAUAACAGUGAUGUUAAUCAUCACCUAGAAAUGUAUAAUCCCAACAGCAAAUUAUUGCUGCCAUCAGAGGCAGAAAUUAUUCAUGAAAAAGCUGAGGAGAAAUUCAAAGAUAAUGAAUUGAAGGAGUCUUUUAUGACUAGAAACCAAAGUACAGAUAAUAGCCCCUUAAUCCUUGAAGCAAAAACACCCGAACAAUCUGGUCAGUGCAUUUCAGAAGCUGCUUCUCAUGGAUCACUCUCAGUACCUUUAUUUAAGAAAACUUCUUGCAAAUACUUAGACAGUAAUGAAGAAAGUCCUGGCCGUGAUGCUUCUGAUGGUGCAAAGACACCAAUAUCCACAUCUUCAGACUCUUUACAGGGAAAGAGUAUUUUGAAUAAGCUGAGUUUACGCAAGAAGAAAAACUUGUCGGGCAAGUUCUUGUAUCCUUCAAAAUCAGAAGAAGGUUACGAGAAACUAAAGAUGACAUACACAGAAACAAUUGGGCUGGUUGAAAGUAGUUCGAGCUCAUUCCCAGAGCCUCAACCACCUAUCUCCAAAAUACAAUCUGCUUGUUCAACAAGCUCAGUGCUAAAGGUUUCUCCUGACAUUCAUAGUAUUGCCAACAAGCAGCAGAAUUUCCUGUCUCUAACAAGUCUCGAGAAAGAUACAAGAUUUGAAAGCAAUGAUGUUUCUUUAUCAGAUAAGACUACAUAUUCUCCUUUGGGUUUUGAUAAAGAGAAAUCAUCAAGUCCCAGAAACCAACUAGUACCUGCAGAUGGGAAAAGAUUGGGGAGCCAGUGGAGCAGCUCAAGAAGAGUGUGUGUUGCAUCACCGGUUACCAGCGUCGGUGCCGUCGGGACGGCAUUUGAUGAUCCACACGACACGUUCACAGAUGCAGACAUUCUUACGAUCAGUACUCAGGGCAACAGCCAGAAACCGUUGAAUUCUGAACAAGUUUAUUUCAAUACAGCUUUACCAAAAUCUAAAUAUUGUAAUGAUAAAGUUUCUAGGAGGUUAUCAGGAGGUUUGAGCAGGAAACUGCAGCAAAAUGGUGACCAGUGGAAGAUGGUCGCCUCUGAGCUUCAGGUUGUUCCCGAGAGAGACCUAACUGAAGAAGAAAAUACUUUAGCUGUCUCAUCAUAUUCUCAUGGUCAUGAACAUGAUCAAUUGGCUUCACCUCAUAUUUUACAGCAGGAAAGGUUUAGCCAAAUUAUGAAUGACAGCCUAAAUGAUGUUUAUUUAUCAGAAAUGGAUACAAACCCAUGUGUUCCAGUGGUAGAUGAGGUGGUUGUCAAGAGUCGGACGGGUGAAGUGCAGCAGGCCAGUGUACUUGACCUUGGUGGUACUGGUGCUCCAAGUAAUACGCUUGCAGCAGAAACUGAUGAUAAGUAUCAAAAUGAUUCCAGAGAAAACAUAGGUUCUGGCUUUUAUACUAGCAGAGGAAAGCAAAUGAUAGUAAGCAAAGAAGCUUUGGAGCAUGCAAAGAAGCUGGUGAAGGAGUUGCCAUCUGAUGGGUCACUAAUGGUAGAAGACACUUCAAGUGAUAAGAAGUACACUGCCUGUGUGGCUCCUCGUGGAGUAAAUGCUAAUGAUAAGACUUGCCAGUUCUCAGCACCAGUGUCCAUUUCUGGACAUUUUCCCACUGUGUGUAGCUUCACUACUGCUCGAGGGUCAAGAGUGACAGUGAACCCAGCGGCCGUGGCAAAAGCCAAGAAGCUUUGGGUAGAGGAAAAUUGCGUUACGGAAUGUGAUCCCGAGAAUAGCGAUACAGAUGUUCAAGAUCAUUCAAAUAUUUUACACAAGGUUUUACAAGAGAAAAAGGUAGCCAUUGCCCACGAUGAUAGAGAUAGUUUAAACAUACAUGCCUUGAAAACUGAUACAUGUGUCACUGUUCAAGCUGACAGUGAAUCUUUGCUGAAUAAAUCUUGUCAAAUGUUGCUUAAAAAAACUAAGGAUUGUGUAAGUAAUAGAUGUGAUGGGAGAAGUAACGACAUGCAAGACUCCUCUAGUAAGUUAGUUAACAAAUACGAGUGUGUGGGUGCACCAGAUGAAGCAUCAAGCAGCGUGAGGGGAUUUCAAGGCUUUUCCACAGCUUCUGGAUCAAAAAUUAAUAUUAGCAAAGAGGCAUUAAAAAAGGCUAAAUUGUUGUGGGAGGAAAAUACUGGGGAGAGCGACCCUGACGAACACAAAACUGUGAACAUACAGAAGAGUGCAAGAAGUGGACGUCGGGUACCGGACGCAUCACAUACGCUGGAGUCAGAGCGGCAAGGGUCCAGGUGUUCACCAGCAGAUUAUAAUGUGAGUGAGGGAACUGUGCUGAGUGCUGAUAGCAGUAAUUCACCCAAGUUAAAAACAAGUCAGAGUGCAGUUUCAAAAUCUAGCCAUAGUGGUGUAUGUGAAGCCCAGUCACUUUUGAAUGAAAGUGAAAACUUGAAAAGCCAUUUGAGAUCUGAACCAAUUACAGUGAAUAUUAUAGACAAAUGCAAUGAAAGAAGUAUGAAAACAUUACCAAUAAAGAAUAAUUCUCCAGUGCCUCAGUCAAAGCAUAAUAUGGCAGCUUGUAUAUCAAAUGAAAAUACUAACGUAAGUCAUACAAGUAGCAUUGGUAACAUUUAUCACCAGUCGAAAGGGGAAAGUUUCUCUGGUUUUCACACGGCACGUGGAAAAAGAGUAUCAUUAACCGAAGCGGCUAUUGCUAGAGCCAAAACUCUGUGGGAAGAAAGUGACUGUAACGUAAUGGUAACUAAUAACUCCACUUCCCUUCAGGAUGACGGAAAUAAAUUAAUUUUAAGCAGCAGAAUUCCACUUUUGGAAAAACAAGGCAAUAUUUUAUCUGAGAAUUUAGCACCAUCUCUUGAAGAACAGUCAAAUAUUACACAGCAAAAUGCAUUGGAAAAGCCUCAGCCUUUGCAGUUUUGUAAGUCAGAACAAUCUUUAUUGGAUGUUAGGCUCCCUUUAAAUACAAGUUACAAAGAUUACCAGAGAGCAGGCACAAGCAAUCUAUUAUCAAAGUUAGUUAUAAAACAAGAGGAGACUAAACAAUAUCAUCUAGAUGAAGAAAAGCAAUCAUAUUUGCUUAAUGAAAUGAAUCGUGAUACCGGUUCCAUAUGUUCAGCUCCAAGUUUUGCAACAGCUCGUGGCAAGCGAAUCUUUAUAAGUAAGGAAGCUCUUUGUAAAGCUAAAAAUAUUCUUAGUGAAGAUGUGCCAUCAAAUAAUGACAAGGAAGUGAACAGGUGCACAGAGCAAUCUUCUUAUAAUCAUAAACAAGUUCAAGGCAAGGAAUCGGGGACAAAAUUGGAGGGCUUGAGAAGAGCUGGUGGUGCCGAGGCCCAUGUUAGCCAGGGUGCCUUGGAGAAGGCUCACAAGUUUCUUACUCAAGACAAAGUUGAUGAAAAGCACAUCAUUACUUGGCCACCACAAGAAGCACCAAUAGAAAAUGUCAAUAUUAAAAAUGAGAAUAAACUUGAGGUAAGUAAGAGUGGCUGUGGAGACGGGGCGAGCGUUCACUCUUCAACGAACAUUGAUGAAAGAGGAGAAAUUCAGGAAGAUGGAAAACAUUUCACUGAGAAUUUGUGUAUGGAGAAUGUUACUGAGCUUCAUAGCACAGAGACAGAGUAUAUAAAUGCCUUAGCUGGUGAAGCAAGAGGAGUGGAUAAAAGCUCAGAAACUUCGGAAGGUGCAGGACAGCCUCUUUCAACAAAGACCAAGUUAAGUAUGUGUAGGAAGAAACCGGCACAGACUUGGACACUAGAUGACAAAACAAGUAAAGCUUCUAGUAAGGACACCCAGAGUUCAUCCGCAGAAUUUAAAGAAAGAAUUUGUAAUAUAAAUACUGACACAGAAGCAAGCAGAGAUCCAGCAUGCAUAAAUAUUGGCCUCUCAGGAACUCCAGAACCUACAGAAGAAAUCAAUAAAUCUUUUGUUGAAGAUGGAGAUAUGCUUGAAAACUCUGCACACAGAAGUCCCUCUCCUAUACUGGGCUCGCAGAAAUGUAGAGAAAUUUCUGUUAAUAGGUAUGCAAAUUUGGCAGUAAAUAUGAGACUACCAGCCCAACGAAAUCUUAAGGUUCACAAUUAUAACAGAAAUCAACUUCAAAAUUGUGUAUCGGAUGUGGAUGGAAAUCUCCACUUGCCAUUGCCGUCCAUAGAGGCAGAGAACCAUUCAAAAGGCACAUGCGAAUUGAAAAGCAUAAUUAAGAAUCCUCAUUCAUCAGACAAUGUAGAAAUUACAGAAAUUACUGAGGCUUUUUUGAAUGAUGAUGAUUGGGAACAAGAGGAAACACAAAAGGGUUUGGUGUUGAGAAGGAAACGAAGGCAAGAGUUGACACAGGAGAAGCAGGACAACAGCGACACUAACUCCAAGAUGCAGAGAUUAUCUACGGAUAUUGUUCAGCUUACGGAUGAAAGUGUAACACCUCCUAUACAAGAUUGUGAUGCAGAAGUCGCAGCUGAGAGAGAGAUGUUAAGAUUGAAGCAAAUUAAAAUUAUUCGGUCGAAGGAGACGGUGCGUGUUCAGCCUAUUCAGGGAUCUCUACAUAAAAUUAGAAGUGAGAGAAAAAUGGAGAGACGCCCACUUCAGUCACUUGGUGCAUUAAAGAUAUUCAGGGGAUGGAAAAAAGUAACUGCAAAAACUGCUGUCAAGUAUCAGUUUCAAGUGGAAGAUAAAAGAUGCAGCAGUGUGGCCUGUGGCGAUGAAUGCUCAGUCGUUCCCGAUGUUUGUGGAUGUAUUGGCGUGAAGCAGAUAGAAGAAGGGUUCUUGGCAAUGCCAGGAGUGCAGCCUGGACUUCUUCCCCCUGGCUGGCUGACCAAUCAUUACCGAUGGAUUGUGUGGAAACUUGCAGCACUAGAAAGACGCUUACUUAAUUGUCAAGCUCUGACACUAGAAAACAUCAUUGCCAGACUCAAGUACCGUUAUGACCGAGAAAUCGACCGUGCAGAACGACCAGUGCUUAGGAAGAUUACAGAGCGUGAUGACGUUCCACAAAAAACAAUGAUCCUCUGUGUGGUCAAUAUUAUGACUGUGAAGCAUGGAACAUCUGAUGUUGCAAGCAAUGAGAUGAAACCAGUGAGCCCCAGCGGACAGAAAGAUCUCCUCGAGCUCACCGAUGGCUGGUACAGCAUUGGUGCCGUUGUUGACGAUGCAAUGUCUCGCCUGUUACGUGAGGGCAGAGUAGAGAUUGGCACCAAGCUGGUCAUCCACGGAGCAGAAUUAAUGGGAUCAUCGGAGGCCUGUCAUCCAUUGGAGGCACCAAGCACACUUCAACUUCGUCUUCAUACAAACAUGACUAGAAGAGCACGCUGGUGGUCGUGCCUUGGUCUUGUCCCUCAAAAGGGUCCAAUGCAUACUCUUAUUGGAGCAACCUUAAGUGAUGGUGGUCUUGUAGGACGGAUGAAUUUAACCCUGGCCCGGGUGUAUCCUCUGGUGUAUUUUGAGCGUUCCAAUGGUAGACCUAUGUUUAGAGGUGAAAAGGCACACAUGAGAAUACUAAAGGAAACACAACAGGAAAAGGAAGCCUUAAUGCAUAAGGUGGUGGCUGAAGUAGAAAGGGAGUUGAGCAAGGAGACAAAAGAGAACCAGCAAGAAAUGCAACCUGUUCCGGCCAUGACUAAAGAGGAGAUUCGUAACCUUACAAUGGGGCGAGACAUUGCCAAACUCAUGGACCAGGUUAAGGACCCUAGUAGUUUAGAGGGUUUACUAAGUCGCCAGCAGGUGGAACUGGCAAGAUCAUGGCAGCAGCAUCAAGCAGAAGACAGGAGGAGAAACAUCAAUCGUGAAGUUGAGCGCAGGAUGGCAUCACAUAAAGUUAUUUAUGAAGCAACGCCAUUAUUAAAGAUGCGUGUGGUUGACCACGACGGUGGCGGAGCCUUGGUGACGAUCUGGAGACCUUCGGAGGACCUCAGACAGACCCUAACAGAAGGCCGUCACGUGUGUGUGUGUUAUCUCGUGGCGGCAGGGAUCAGAAAUGGUAGUGUCCAGUUGACAGCAACUCGACAGACAAGAUGGGAGCGCGAUACACAGCAUCCGCCGAAUAGUUUCACAGAGUUUGAGCGCCACGUAACUCCUCUGUGUCUAAUGUCGUCAGGAGAGUUUGAGCCAAUGUGGAAGGAAGUAGAUGUUGUUGGAGUGGUGUUGAGGGUUGGCCUGCUGGACAAGGGAUCACAGAUAGUCCAUAUUGUUGAUCACCAUCUUAACAUUGUUGCUCUCAAGUUUUGGGGUGGUGUCAAGGAAUGUGGAGUAGAAGAUAUUGUGAAAAUAUGUUCUGUUGUAUGUGUAUUGAACGGUAGCUGGCGGGGACACACAGGAGGAAGGUUUGGUUGUGUCCACAUUACAGAACUGACGACCAUCACCACGGCACCUCGAAGUGCCUAUCUACAUGAAGCUGUUACCCAUCUCAAGGAGAGUAUUAAGAACAUGAAGAACCUGUUGCAGGAAGGGGAUAUGAAGUUAGACGGACAGUUUGAUAGACGUGCGUUCCCCGCCGACCUGGUGUCUGUACGAGGCCAGACUCAAGUUGUGGAAGUUGAGCCGUGCCUUCAAGAUGGUACUAAUGUUUGCAAAUUAGAAAGUGGCGCUGCAACAAACGACGCUAGUCUCCUCAACAAUAGCAGCGAGACUGUUACUGAUCCUAAACUUGUUCGAGCGUGUCAACGGAGUCGAGAAGUGCGCGGUAAACUUAAGACGUUAGGACAGUAUGGGAUGCCGUCUCCUCUGCGUACUCUUCCGUCCCCGGCCACUCUUGGUGUUCGUAAGCCCUUUAGAGUGCCUUUCAAGCAGCCACAAAAGUGUGAGAGCGGAGAAGACAAGAGUGUGUGAUUGUGUGUCACCUCGAAACUCUUUAUAUAACGCACAAGUUUCUUUGAACUGAAGCCAUUAUGAGUGUGUUUAUUACACCUUAAAAGAUCGUGUGAUAAGUGGAAGGCCAAAGUAUUAUUUCAUAAUGUUUAAGAUGUGUAUUACUCAGAGUGAAGUUAUUUGUGUAUGUACAGUAUAUCCUAAAUUAAUGGCAUUACUGUAUUUGAAAAGUAACAUUAUAAUUUGCUACUUGAAAAAAUAUAUUUUUCCAUCAAACAAAAA